AUCGGGACUGGGUCGACGGCGUUUAUGACAAUUCGGAUCUUGCUGGAUCAUGGGGUGCAAGAAGACCGCAUCAUCUUUAUGACGUUUUUGGUUGCCAGGAUUGGCGGUAUUGGUGUCGUUCGAAAAGCUUUCCCGAAAGUUAAAAUUAUCACGGGCGCCAUCGACAAUGAAGUUAGAGAGAUUUGGAGAACAGAUGGAGCAGAGGGAGAAGGGCGGAAGGAUUGGGCCAUUGUACCCGGCUUAGGCGACAUUGGUGGGUUCAAUGUAUUUUUCUCUUAG